AUGAAACUUCGACCACACUGCCAGUCUUCAUUUCUGAGCUUGCUGCUAUCGUUUUUAUCGUGGUGCACGCUCACGAUACAAGGCUCGACGCUUGGGCAACGUGAUUUCACCCAGUUGACCACCGAACAAAUUUUGGCUCUAGCAGAUGCCGCGGACCCAGUCGCAAACGUAGACACCAACAAUCCCACUUCUCAUCUUUCUAAAUCCUCAUACCGCGUGCUGGUAUUCGGAAGUGAAAAUAUAACUUUCGUUCGUGAAUACAUCUUGUCCUCUUUGAAGGUUUUGGAUUGGCAUGUCGAAGAGGACACCUUUACCGACAAUACUCCAUAUGGCCCCCGUUCAUUCACCAACAUCAUUGCGACAAAAGACCCAGCCGCCUCGCGCCGUGUCAUAUUGUCUGCGCACUAUGACAGCAAGUUCUUCCCCAACUACCCAGAUAAUCAGUUCCUAGGUGCGACAGAUUCCGCAGCACCAUGCGCUAUGAUGCUCGACCUAGCAGAGACCUUGAACCCCCUUCUCGACCAGCGCAAACAACGUCUCGAGGAUGGAUAUGAAGAUGAUGAAGAUGUGGCAGAUACAACCCUUCAACUUGUGUUCUUUGAUGGCGAGGAAGCCUUCAAAGAUUGGACUGACACAGACUCUGUUUAUGGGGCUAGACAUCUCGCGAACAAAUGGUCAACAACUUACAUAGCACCUAAUUCUAAACGGCGGCUGCUUGGGCAUGCAAGUUUGACAGAGUUAUCGACUAUAGAGCACAUCAUCCUCCUCGAUCUCCUCGGUGCCCCGAACCCGACAAUACGGUCUUAUUUCAUUGACACGGCUUGGUUAUUUGAUGCCAUGAUUUCCGCAGAAACUCGACUCAAGGAUGCCGGUGCUCUUGAUGCAUCCGAAACGUCUUCAAACUUCCGCAGUUUCUUCUUACCUCGAACGGGGUCUGGGAACCAAUACAGCUACGGCUACAUCGGAGAUGAUCACGUACCCUUUCUACACAAAGGCGUCAACAUUCUUCAUAUUAUUGCAUAUCCUUUCCCGCGUGUCUGGCACACUCUUGGGGAUGAUGCCUCAGCACUUGACCUAUUAACCAUGCGCCGAUGGAACAUGAUACUACGCGUGUUCAUGUCCGAAUACCUGAAUCUUCGACCUGAAAUAUCGCAACCGUCCCCUAAGCACGAUCGCCUCCAUCGUUCUGCCAGUGAAUUGGUGAGAUUUAUUCUAGUUAUCGAUGUCUCACACUCAGUAAAACCAUGGAGCCCAGUGACCUUGCGAUAA